AUGUCCAGACCUGCGAAUGGCUCCUCGAAGCAUGCACGAGUUGUCGCCCGACCCAUGACUCCGACGCUGACGGGUUCAGGUGCAACUCGAGCCUUCGGCGGUCCGGUCGCCAUCCCCGAGGCGCUGCAGUCCUGUUGCCGACUAGCUCUGCGCUGCCUAGCACCGCCUGACAUGCCCGUGGUUACAACUGAGGCAGAGCCGUUUGCAGACCCGGCCGUCUGGCGCCAGUUGCCCGCCUACCAGCGGCGUUAUCACAACUGGCUCCUGACGCAUUACGGCGAGCCAAAAGUCCUGACUCUCGACGCCACUGCACCUACGGGCAAGCUGGAGAGUGCAUUUUGUAUGUCGUCGGCACUAUCGGCCGAUGAGGGUUUCGAACCCUGGCCUUGGCUUCGUGAGGAUCAUCUGCCACCCGGUCCUCCCGACUGUCUAUGCCCAACUGGACUAAACCUCUGCCCGCACAACCGCCCACUUGUUGGUCAGACGACAACAUCUGACUGGCCGGAUAAAUGA